CUUUAGCCAUUAGCAACAUCGUCCCAGCAACACAACAGCUUUCAACUCAUGUGACCACCUGCCAAAAAUGUCCCGGUAUCUGAAGCAUUUCACCGCGGUGGGUGAUAAUAAAAACGCUGUCCCAACAUGGCAUGAGGAAGACACAUCCCACCAUGUCACGACAUUGCACGAUGCCCCUGAUGGCCUGGAGGUUUCAACAGGACAGCAUUUGGGACAGCUCAGCUUCAGGGACUCCCUACGAAAGCUGUACAGUACAGAGAGAUUCCAGAUUGUUGUUGUGUGCUUGGUUGUCUUGGAUGCCAUUUUCGUACUAUGCGAGUUGCUUAUUGACUUGUCUAUCAUUGAAGCAGACCACCACAGAAUAGCCCCACAGGUAUUCCACUAUCUCAGCCUUGCCCUUCUCACAUUCUUCAUGGUAGAGUUGGCUGGAAAGAUCUUUGCCUAUCGCCUAGAAUUCCUUCACCAUAAGUUUGAGGUGUUUGAUGGGAUUGUGGUGGUCGUAUCCUUUAUUUUGGAUAUUAUAUACAUCUCAAAGGAAGAUGCGUUCGAUGCCAUGGGUCUCCUGAUCUUGCUCAGGCUCUGGAGAGUGGCCAGGAUCAUAAAUGGUAUCUUGGUGUCUGUGCAAAAUCGUGCCAAUCACAGAGUUGAAAAACUAAAGGAGAUCAACGAAAGCCUCGUUCAUCAAGUCAAUGAGCUUAAAGAGCAGAACACAAAAAUGGACCAAGAAAACGUCAGGCUUCGUGCGCUCCUAAAAGAUCACAGCAUUGACUUUUAAAGCUCUGGGAGUUACUCAUUAAACAAACAACAUGGGAAUGAACUUAAGACCAAUCAUGUAUGUUUAUUCUGUCUAAUGUGAAGAUGUUGCUUUAGUGUGAUGAGUUCAUCACUUAAAGACAAUCUAAUCUCAACCUCCGCAACCUGGCAGAUCUUUAACUAGAUGCAUUAGAGCAAAUGGUUGUUAAAGCCAGUGACUCACGUAGAUCAAAUCACUAGAAAGGGAAAUAUGUAAUCCACAUAAGGGAUACUGGGUUUUUCUAUAUACUGGAGUUAUAAACUUGCCUCAGUAGAUUAUAAGCUGAUUUUUAUUUUUAUUCUGAAUUGUUAAUGUUAUUAGAAAAAAAUCAUUGUUGUUGUUUUAUCCAUGAAUCGAACAUUUCUCUUUCUGGAUGUAAAUAUGCAUUCGAAAAACUGAAAGCUAUGCAAUAAACACUCUUUUGUAAAA